AUGAGCGCUGCAGCCUGGCGGAGGUAUGACACCGACCGAAGUGGAUACAUUGAGUCCAAUGAGCUGAAGGGCUUCCUGUCAGACCUGCUGAAGAAGGCUAACAGAAACUACGAUGACAAGAAGCUCAACGAAUACACACAGACAAUUCUGAGGAUGUUUGAUCUUAACGGUGAUGGUAAGCUCGGCCUUUCUGAGAUGGCGAGGCUCUUGCCAGUCCAGGAGAAUUUCCUGCUGAAGUUUGAGGGUAUCAGGCUCAAAGUUAAGGAAUUCGACUCCCUCUUCACCUUCUAUGAUAAGGAUGGUAAUGGGUAUAUUGACGAGCAGGAGUUGGAUGGUCUGCUGAAGGACCUUUGUGACAAGAACAAAAUGGACGUGGACCCUUCAAAAGGACUCGUGGACUACAAGAGGAGCAUCAUGGCCUUGUCUGAUGGAGGGAAGCUGUACCGCACUGAGCUGGAGAUCCUCCUCUGCCAGGACUCCCCGCUGUGAGCCCCCCCCCAUCGCCUCCUGCUUCCUACCUCCCGAUGUAACCUGGUGCAUGUGUGACCCUUAACCUCGCUUCACCACUUAGAGUGAAAACAAAAGUGCUCCUGAGAGAACACAGUGUACCGCUGGCCUGCUACCUUAGCUUCAUACCCCUCUUCAGUUUUCCUUUUUUUUUAAAAGAUGCAUUUCCAUAUUAAUAUGGCCAAUGACUAAAGGAAUAUUUUCUGUAUUUAUUUAAUUGACUUCCAGUUUUUAUUAUGCAUUUUUUUAAUAUAAUAUAUAUAUAUAUAUAUAUAUGUUCUUCUCCCAAUGAAUUUUCUGUAGCAUCGGUUUAUUUGUAUUUAUAUUAUAUAAUCUUAUUUAAUGAGGCUUGCACUGUUCUAUCAAAU